AUGGUUCAAGCUGUAGCCGCAUUUCUUGACUUUUGUUACCUGGUACGACGCAAUGUUAUCGACGAUGAUACUCUGGAUCAAAUAGAGGCUGCUCUAUCACGCUUCCAUCACCACCGUGAAAUUUUUCGAGACCUAAAUAUACGCCCUGAAGGAUUCUCACUCCCACGCCAGCAUUCACUCACUCAUUACCCUACAUUAAUUCGACUUUUUGGAGCGCCAAACGGUCUUUGCUCUUCAAUUACCGAGAAUAAGCAUAUUAAGGCUGUCAAAAAACCUUAUCGGCGGUCCAGUCGCUACAAAGCACUUGGUCAAAUGCUUGUAACAAACCAACGUAUCGACAAACUUCUGGCAGCAAGAGUUUUUUUUACGUCACACAGCAUGCUGAAUAGUGUCCCGGAGCCCUUCAAUUCUGUGAACAUAUUGAAGAAUGUUGAGUCAAAUACACCUCCUUCCACAGGCGCGCUCGGGGAUUUGGGGGAUGGAAGAAAAGAGUCAAAUGAAGAAUGCGGCGAAAUUUUUGAUCCAGAAUCACAAUCUGAGAUUUCACUUGCAAAAUCUCAUGUACGUGGUGUUCCACUAGAAAUUACAGCAUUUGCAUUCCAUGUUAAGCAACCACGCCUUGCGGAGCUCACUCAGCAAUUUCUUUACGAUCAACUUGUUUUUCAAAACGCCGACCUUCAGUUACAUAUCCCACCAAACGAGUCCCUUCCCAGUCUAUCCGGUUGCACUUUUCGACUGUUUACUUCAGCUCGCGCUGUCUACUUCGCACCAAGUGAUCUUUCUGGAUCAAAUGGUCUUUAUUAUGAGAUGAUUCGCUCGACAUCAUCAUGGCGCAAAGGUCCUGCAAGACGUGAUUGUGUUUUUAUUGGGAAUUCGGACUCUGAUGCAGAUGGAUUUGCUGGUUUACACGUGGCACGUGUAUUCCUUUUUUUCUCGUUCAAAUAUGCCGGUACUAUAUAUCCAUGUGCGUUGGUUCAAUGGUUUUCGCACAUUGGGGACAAACCAUGUCCGGUCACUGGAAUGUGGAAAGUCAAACCAGACCUAGAAAGACGUGACCAACGACAUGGCCAACGGCGGCGGAUGAGCGUUGUUCAUCUGGAUUCUAUUUAUCGAGGUGCUCACCUGAUCGGGGAUGCCGGGAAGGAUUUCAUUCCUCUCAACACCAAGUUUGAUUUUUCAAAAUCUCUUGAUUCUUUUCGUUCUUUCUAUGUCAACAAAUAUGUAGAUCAUCAUGCACAUGAGAUAGCGUUUUAG